AUGACUGUGCUCCAGGCAUCUCUGAGGGUUCUCUCCAUCUACGGCCGCGCCCUGGGGAACGGAUGGUUCCUUCAGUCUGCAAAAGGACAGGACCCAGCGGCGCUGAGGGUCCGGGGAGCGAGCGCGCCAAGCCCACCGCUCGCAGGCGGGGGCUUCCCUGCGCUGGGUCCCGGCACUCGGGCCCCGCGCCCGCCUCCAGCGGUCCAGGGGCGGGACCCCGCACCGCCCCGAGCCACCUCCCAUUGGCCGGCGCGCACGCCCGUCCGCGAGCGCGGCUUCGAAAGUUUCAUUGAAGGUGGAGAAGUGAGCGCCCGCCCGGAGCCGGGGCUGCGCCGCCAGGGCGAGGCUGCACUGCGCGGGGCGGGGGCGCGCUGGCCGCCGGGCGGCGUUCGUUUUUCAUUUUAUUCCUUUAAGUCGAGGCCGAGGAGGAGCGAGUGGAGGCUGCCCCCUCGCGCGCCCCGCUGCCGACCCGUCAGGGAGCCCCGAGCAGUCGGGAAUGGUUACGCGAGUCCGGCCGCCAGCGCCCCACUGUCUCCGGCCCGAAGCCCGGGGGCGCAGAGGCUGAACCGAAGACCGCGGAGGGAGCCACCGCGGGGCCGCUCGGGGCCAGGGCCGCUCCGAGAGCUCAGGCCGAACGAGGGCCGCGCCGUCACCUCUAUUCUGAGAAGACUCCACGGAGAAGGCUCCCCGCUGCCCGUGAGCGACAUCCCGGGAGUCGCCAAAAGGACAGCACGCCCUCCUCUCCCCUUUUCUCGCCGCGCCGCCUCGCGGGACCCUCUCGAAGUGCCUGGUCCCCGGCUCCAGCCUCCGGCACCCGCUGCAGAAACCUCCGGCACCGGAUCGGGGAGUCCACACUGGAUGGGCCGGGUGUGA